ACUUAAAAAUUCUUGUGAUUUUUGUGAGACAGACAGGCAUAAUUCUUGGACCUACAUUUUUGGGAAGAUUAGAAAUAAUGAAAAAAGUAAUAUUUCCUCAUGAAAGCCAAGAACUAAUCUGCACAGCAGAAUAUUUCGGUUGCUCAAUCUACAUGUUCAUAAGCGCAGUCAAAAUAGACAUCGGAGCAACAAUACGAUCCGCCGGAAAAGUAGUAAUAAUCACCGGAGUAGUAUCGGUAAUCAUACCGAUGGCAUUCGGUUUACUUUUAAUACGACCACAAGUUGCAGAGUUUAUCCAAAGCGGAACCCAAAACGAAGAAAUGCAAGUCGUUUUGAUGAACAGCUUCUCAACAUUUUCAAUAAUCAUCCACGUCCUUGACGAACUUAAGCUCGUUAAUUCAGAACUAGGGCUUUUAGCUUUAACGGCGUCGUUAGUUUCCGACGGAAUUUCUUUCAGUAUAACGACGUUAGUUACUGUUCUUCAGCAGAAACUCUCUUCCGUUAAUUCUAUAAUAGAUAUGUCGGCGACGACCGGAUUUAUGCUCUUCGCCGGAUUUGUGAUUCGCCCGGUGCUUUUUCGUGUGAUUCGGAGAACUCCUCAAGGAUCCACCGUUGAUUCUACCGUUACGUAUAUGCUGAUCACGAUGGCGUGUCUGAGUGCUGUGUAUUUUCAUGUGUUUCACCAGCUGCAGUGCAUCGGAGCUUUUGCUUUCGGGAUGACGGUACCGGCCGGGCAGCCGUUGGGUUCGGCGUUGGUGAAGAAAUUUGAAACUUUUAUGUAUGGGAUUCUGAUGACGAUUGGGGUGGUUACGUCGGUUAUGAGGGCGGAUUUGAGAUUGAUUUUGGAUAAUUUUGGGGAUUUGAGUUUAUAUAUGGGGAUUAUAAUUUUGAUAUUUGGAGCUAAAUUGGUGGCGUGUUUGAUACCGUCGUUGUAUUGGAAGAUGCCGUUAGUUGAUUCUUUGCUUUUUGCUGUUAUUAUGACUUGCAGAGGUAACGUCGAGUUGGGGUAUUACUUGCUCGCAAGAGAUACUAAGAUGAUAGGCGAAGAUGUGUUUGCUCUGUUGAUUUUUUUCAUGAUACUCAACUCAACUUUUGUUGCAGUAACUGUGAAAUGCCUCUAUGAUCCUUCAAAAAAAUAUGCAGGCUAUCAAGCAAGGAACAUCUCGCACUUAAAGCCGAAAGCCGAGCUCCGAAUUCUCGCCUGCGUUCACCAACCCGAAAACAUAGCUUGUAUCAUCAGAUUACUCGACGCAUUUCACCCGAACAAAGACAGAUUUAUUUCUCUUUAUGUGCUCCAUCUCAUCCAACUCGUCGGUCGAAACAUACCGUUUAUCGUAUCCCAUCAAAAGCAGAAACCGGUGUCAGACUCGCGCGCCCAUAGUGUUGUCAUCUCGUUCAGUCAAUACGAGCAAAGAAACUGGGAUAGUUUAUCGGUUUCUAUGUUUACAGCAUUAUCGCCAUCGAAAUCGAUGAAUGAGGAUAUAUCACUACUCGCAUUAGGCAAUUUCACGUCUCUGAUAUUACUUCCGCUCCACCGAAAAUGGUCGAUCCAUGGAAUUAUUACAGCCGAAGACAAUUUUAUAAGGACUGUAAAUCAAAAGGUUCUUGAUAAAGCUCCCUGUUCUGUCGGAAUCUUUUUCGACCGAGGAAAACUAGGACGUGGUACCUCAGUAGCAUCAUCAAAGACAUCGCAUUCUAUCUGCAUGAUCUUCUUAGGGGGUCCUGACGAUCGCGAGACGUUAUCUUUAGCGAAACGAAUAGCUAAUGACUCAAGUGCGAGCGUAACAGUGAUCCGUUUUAUUCCAGAAUAUGUCCAAUUAAUAGACUCUGAAGAGUCACUGCUCGACGCUUGGGCGCUGGAGGAUAUCAAGCAAAUAGUGGAUAAAAAUGAGGCUAAGCCAAAUUUAGUAUACAGAGAACAUACAGUGAAAGAUGGAGCUGACACCGCGUUUGCUCUCCGUUCUCUAGCCGACGACUAUGAUCUUUUCUUAGUCGGGCGACGUUUUGGCGUAGAAUCUCCUCAAACGGAUGGUUUAUCAGAAUGGGCGGAGAUUCCGGAGCUGGGAAUUAUAGGAGACCUGCUUGCCUCAAAGUAUCUAAACACCAAAGCAGCUGUGCUGGUGGUGCAACAACAAAAAAAGAUGAAGUAGCUAGAUAGGAUCAUUGCAU